AUGAAUAACUCAGGAAGCACCGCCAAUCACGUGGGCAGUAUCAACAAUGGCGGGUACGAUGUCUUCGUUUUGAUCUUUGCCUUUGUGUGGGGAUUUGUAAUUGGCCUUCUCUGCAAGUACCUGAACCAGAUAAAGAAAAAUGCGAUCAGGAUAAAGGAGGCUUGUGCGAACUUUGACUUGAUAUGCACAAGUGACUGCAAAAUGGUGUUUUGCGUCAGGACAGACAUCAAAAUGAACAAGGGAAAGAUCUGCUCGCAGUGUUGCCACGCCUGCUUAGCAGUGUAUGAGAAAAUUAUGAAACGAAAUAGCAAGCUGAAGGCGAGCGAAAGUGGGAAAGGAACCCUCACCUAUUUUGACCUGUGGAAAAAGACGGGACAGAAAAAGAUUGUCCUCAAAAUAUCGAGCUUGGAGGAAAUGUACGAAAUUGAACAAAAGGCCAAGAAGGAACACCUCAUAACGUCUAUAAUAAUCGACGCGGGCCGGACACAAAUCGAGCCGAACACGGAAACGGUCAUAGCCAUCGAGCCAGUGCCUGACGAAAUUGUUAACAAGAUAACGGGGCAGCUGAAGCUGCUUUAA